GAUAGAGCCCAAGGACAUUCUAGUCACCACAAGAAAACCAAAUUUCCAUCUUCCCUCGAAUCGCUUCCAAUUCCGAUUCCAAUAUCCAGACCAGACCACUCACAAGAUCGCGGGAUUUCAUCGCACUCAUAAGUCACGAACAAAGGCAGAGAUGUCGAAGGUGGACGAACCGGUGAUGGGAGUUCCAGUCUACACGGUGCAGAAUCCGCACCAGGCCGGAAUGAUCCCGCCAAACGCCGUCUACGGCGACCCCAAGGGCGUCCCUCUCCACCAGACCUUUUACAGAGACACUCCCGCUCCCUUCAACUGCGCUUACUGUGGCGAUACCGGACUCACCCAAGUCAGAUCAAAGCCGAGUGUGGCAUCUGUGGUGGCUUGUAUGAUGCCUAUGAUGCUUGGAUGUUGCUUUCUUAUGCCUUCCUGUGACUGCCUCUGGCAUAAGUAUCAUUACUGUCCCAGUUGCCAAGAGAAGGUUGCUGAUUUUGAGAAGUCGGAUAUUUGCAUUGUUGCGGAUCCUCCACACUGGACAGAGCACAGCUUUGCACUGCCUGCAUGAUGAUCUGUAUUUCACACUUUGUAUGCGGCUUCUUCUCUGCUUCUUUGAACCCCGUAUACCUUUAAAGAUGUGUUAGUAGAUAAAUAUAGUUUUAAGAUGCUGCAUUGAACUACUAUUUGGCUAUGGCAUCUAUAUGGAGUUUGGAAAAAUGGUGGCUUGGCUUCAUAAUAAUGCAGUUUGACUGUAAUUUUUAAAUAUGUGCAAGCUUUUAAUAAAAUGCUUUUGCUAAUUUUGUA